AAAAAAUAACACGAGGAUUUUUGUCCUAGGUGUCAGUGACUGGCCACCACUGCACAGACUCAACAGCCAGACAGCGGAGGCUCCGGGAACACUGAAAGCAAGAGGCUACCUGCAGCCAAAAAAAUAAAUAAAUCAAACUGAGGCCGCAGCCUGAACAGGAUAUCUAUCACAAUAAAGCAAAGGCUUUUCUGUCUUCUCUUUUGGAAUUUUUUGAUGGAAUUCACGGUAUUCUCACUCUCCAAAUCAGUUUAAUAAUGGUCAUUAUUACAAUGGAAGCUCAGAAAACAAUUUUUGAAGUUUUCUAUUUUGAAGUAACCAAUUCAUUUCAAUCCCAGAAUGAGUAAUCUGUGAUUAAAAAAAAAUAUUUUUGAAAGAAUCUUUCAGUGCUUGUGUCCCCCAGUCCCUUAGCAACUUGAAUCCUAAACGGAGCCAUGCCGAUAUCUCGGAAGAAGAACUGACUUGGUUUUUUUAUUCUGUGACAACGAAAGAGGGCUGCCUCUUGUCUUGGCAUGCUUUUGCAUCCCACGGUGUCAGGAUUGUGCACCAUGCUGCAGACCAUCUACGAGACGGAGUCCUGUUUCUCCUCCGCCAGCACAGACAGCCACCAACAGCCUCUGGAGCUCCUGAGUGGCGACAGGAGCUCCAGCAGCACUGCCAUGCCCACCGCCGUAGUGGAGGUGAAGAGCAGCCUCCCAUCGGGCAUGCAGAGCCCAGGAGGAACGGCAAGCGAGCAGAGAGGAGGAGGUGGAGAAGGGGGUGGCGGUCCGGGAGAAGGAGCAGGAGGCGGAGGCGGCCCAGUGGAUCUACGGACAGAGCCCAGGACGGGCUCUCUGUCGGCGGGUGCGGCGUCGGUGGACACAGCCAUGAGGGAGCAGCAGCUCCAGCAGGAACUUGUGCUACUGAAGCAGCAGCAGGAACUCCAGAAACAGCUGCUGUUUGCGGAGUUCCAGAAAAAACACGAAGUGCUCACCAGACAACAUGAGGUCCAGCUGCAGGAACACCUGAAGGUGUGUGUGUGUAAGCAACAACAGGAGCUGUUGGCGGCGAAGCGGCAGCAGGAGCUGGAGCAGAAGAGGAAACUGGAGCAGCAGAGACAUGAAGAGCAGGAGAAACAUCGGCUGGAGCAACAGCUGCUGCUGCUCCGGAACAAGGAGAAAGGCAAAGAGAGUGCUAUUGCCAGUACAGAGGUGAAGCUGAAGCUGCAGGAGUUCCUUCUCAAUAAGAAAGAGCCGGGCAUCGGCGGACUGAACCAUUCCUUCUCCCCAAAGUGCUGGGGAGCCCAGCACAUCUCCCUGGAGCAGGGCUCUCCUCCGCAGAGUAACACUCCAGGAACUCCUCCCUCCUACAAACUGCCCCCACUGCUGGGAAACUACGAGGGCAAAGACGACUUCCCGCUCCGCAAGACAGUCUCAGAGCCCAACCUGAAGGUGCGUUCACGGCUGAAGCAGAAGGUGGCAGAGAGGCGGAGCUCUCCGCUCCUUCGCAGGAAGGAUGGGACCGUUAUCAGCACCUUUAAGAAGAGAGCCAUAGAGAUAUCAGUCUCCUCUCUCUGUAGUAGUGCUCCAGGUUCAGGUCCCAGCAGCCCCAACAGUUCCAACUCGGCAAUCUCCAAUGGCAACACAGGGUCGGUCCCCAACAUACAGACUGAGCUGAGAUCUCUUCAUCAGACGCUGGGGGCUGAUGGGACAUUAAGUCCUCUGAAUCUCUACACCUCGCCCUCCUUGCCGAAUAUCUCCUUGGGGCUCCCUGCCAACACACACAUCACGCCCUCCCAGGCACUGUCUAACCAGCAAGAGGCUGAGCGGCAAGCCAUCCAAUCACUGCGAGGGGGCGGAGCUCUAACAGGGAAGUUUCUCUCCACAUCGUCCCUACCUGCAGGGGUGGGCCAUGAGGUAGAGACACCGCCCCCCACCUCUCAUUCUGCCCAUUCCUCGUUGUUGCAACAUGUACUACUGCUGGAGCAGGCCAGACAACAGACUGCAAUGCUAGCUGUCCCCAUGUACAGCCAGUCGCCGCUGGUUACGGCAGAGAGAGGCGUGCCCAGCGGCAUGCGGGCCGUCAACAAGUUGCCUCGCCAUCGACCGCUGGCUCGGACCCAGAGUGCACCUCUGCCCCAGUCCCCCCAGGCCCUGCAGCAGCUGGUGGUCCAGCAGCAACACCAGCACUUCCUGGAGAAACACUACAAGAUGCUAUCCAAGGGGACCGAGCUUCCCAGGCCGCCGCCCACCCACCCAGAGGAGACAGAGGAGGAGCUAACAGAGACCAAUGACAUGCAGGAGGACGACGAAGGGGCGAGCCUUCACAGGCUUCAGAAGGAGGGGUCAGACGACAGCACACCCUCCUCCGAGCAGGCCGUUGUGCACGUGAAGGGCGAGGAGGAGCACGGAGGCAUGCGCGUGAAGGGGGAGAGUACAGAGAGCGAGCUGGAUGAAGAGGAAGAGGAAGACGACGCCAUCCAGCUGAGGGAGUGCGACGAAGAGGAGAGCGGGAGCUACACGCAGGCCUUGCAGCAGCUGGGUGUGUUCCAGUCCUUGUUGCCCCAUAGACCUCUGGGAAGAGCGCAGUCGUCCCCUGCAGCCACUGUCAAUCCCAUCAAACACCUCUUCACCACAGGGCUUGUGUACGACAGUCUGAUGUUGAAGCAUCAGUGUGUUUGUGGCAAUGCUCACAUCCACCCAGAGCAUGCUGGGAGGGUGCAAAGCAUCUGGUCCAGACUGCAGGAGACGGGCCUGCUGGGCCGCUGUGAGAGGAUUCGGGGGCGUAAAGCGUCUCUGGAUGAGAUCCAGUCUGUCCAUUCAGAGUUCCACACUCUGCUGUAUGGAACCAGUCCGCUGAAUCGACACAAACUGGACCACAAGAAGCUGCUGGGUCCAAUCAGCCAGAAGAUGUAUGCGGUUCUUCCCUGUGGAGGAAUAGGGGUGGACAGCGACACGGUGUGGAACGAGAUGCACUCGUCAGCGGCGGUCCGCAUGGCGGUCGGCUCAGUCAUCGAGCUGGCCUUCAGAGUGGCGUCAGCAGAGCUGAAGAAUGGCUUUGCAGUGGUGCGUCCACCCGGUCACCAUGCUGAGGAAUCCACUGCCAUGGGGUUUUGUUUCUUUAAUUCAGUAGCCAUCACUGCCAAGUUGCUGCAACAGAAACUAGGGGUGGGCAAGAUCCUCAUUGUGGACUGGGACAUUCACCAUGGCAACGGCACCCAGCAGGCCUUCUACACUGACCACAACGUCCUCUACAUCUCCCUCCAUCGCUACGACGAUGGAAACUUCUUUCCUGGCAGCGGAGCGCCUGAGGAGGUGGGAUCAGGUGCAGGUGUUGGUUUUAAUGUGAACAUAGCGUGGACUGGUGGAGUAGAGCCACCUAUGGGUGAUGUGGAGUACCUCACUGCCUUUAGGACCGUGGUGAUGCCCAUCGCCCAUCAGUUCAGUCCAGAUGUGGUCCUGGUGUCUGCAGGCUUCGACGCAGUGGAGGGUCAUCAGUCUCCUCUGGGAGGAUACAAUGUCUCCGCCAAGUGUUUCGGUCAGCUGACGCAGCUGCUGAUGGGUCUGGCGGGCGGGCGCAUCGUCAUGGCGCUGGAGGGCGGUCACGACCUCACAGCCAUCUGUGACGCAUCAGAGGCCUGCGUCGCUGCGCUGCUGGGAGACCCGUGUGACUCGGUGUUUCAGUGGCCUCAGGAGCAGCCAUGUCCAAAAGCCUGGGCCUCGCUGGAGAGAGUCAUAGAGAUCCAGAGUAAACACUGGUCUUGUCUCCAGAGUUUGUCUCAGACGAGCGGCCACUCGCUAUUGGAUAGUCCUCUAGGGGCUCAGGGCCAAUCGGAGAAGGACGAGGCCGACACAGUCAGCGCCAUGGCCUCCCUAAGUGUUGACGUCGAGCAGCCAGGCUCGGAUCCUGACAACACAGAAACCAGCAGGUCCACAGAGGAGCCGAUGGAAGAAGAGCCUGUAUUGUAGGAAGAGCUUAAACCACCACAAAAAAAAAAACUCCAACACCCUCACCACCUUCUGGCACCUCCUCUUCCUUUUCCUCUUCCUCCUCAGAGUGUGUGUAGGUACACACACACACACACACACACACAGAGUGGAAUUGUGUCGUUGUGGAGGUCUCCGAUUGGCUGAGGAGAACAUUACGGAGGCAGUAGAAAAGGCCGGAGACUGUGAACAACGGACACAUCUCUUUUCUACUGGUCCGUCAGCCCGAGGAGGAGCAGACGACUUGUUGGCAUCUCCAUGGAAACCUAGAGAAGGAGCGGGUCAGCAAGGACACACGCAAGACCUGCAUAUUUUACCACCUGUACACAGCACCACUCAAAUUUUUUCCCCACAAUCAUUCUUCUGUCCUUCUGUUUUGUCCCUACUCCUCUGUUUCCACAGCAGGAUGAUGACUGUGGGGGGGGGGAAUUUGGAAUUCAAAAUGUCAGACACCAAGUGGACGACUUGUCUUCUUGUCCGUCUGUCUGUCUGUCAGUCAGAGAGACAGGCCGAGCGAAUGUGGGCUUGGCUGGCGCAGGAGGAGUAAAACUUUUUUUUUUUUUUUUUUUUUUUUUAGAAUGAACAGAGGAGGAGGAGGAACUAGGUGCCUUUUAAAAUAAAAACAAAAAUAAAACACACACACACACAAAACGAGCCGUCAAGUCAGAAACCACAAAACACCGCCGCCGCAGCACCUCAGCAAAACCAACCAGCCAAUCAGGACUGAAGAAACAUGUCGACGCACACACUCGCACUGCUGUUGUUUCAGUCGGUCAGUUCAUUUCUCAGUCUUUGUUUCUUCAUCUGGAUGCCUUAAUUUGUUCUUAUCUCACUAUUAAGCAACCUUGAGAGAGACGGUUAGAGAGAGUAUCAUGAGACUUGAUAUAAAUAUAUAUUUCAGAAAUGUAUUAAAACUGCUAAGAAUUGUAUUUUUUUUCUUUUCAAUUGGACAAUAUUCAUGCCAGGUACUCCCAAACAGACUUUCAUUUUUUUUUUUUUG